AUGCAGGAAACACCAAACUUGGUCAAGUGCGAUUUAUUCAGUUCGAGAUCAACAUCAACGGCUCCGAUGCUUUGCCGAGCUAAAACCCCUCGGAAUUUCCUGGAACUUCGGAUUGCGGGCGCCAGAUCAUUUUUCCGCUCAGCAAUUGCGUUGCAGCUGUCCUCGGAAACCCUUCCCCUCAAUGAGCUUGACAAGAAAUGGGCCUCUCGAUGGAGAAGCGUUUCGCCCAACAACGCACUCCACCCUUCCAAACAUGUCGUAGAUCCUAAAGCAGAGCCCUUUUUCUGUCUCACAAUGUUCCCGUAUCCGUCUGGAAACCUUCAUUUGGGCCACCAGCGAGUGUUUACAAUCAGCGAUGUCUUAGCACGGUUCAAACGGUUGCAAGGUUUUGAUGUGAUCCACCCCAUGGGCUGGGAUGCUUUUGGCUUGCCUGCGGAAAACGCUGCAGUCGAGAGAGGCGUCAAUCCGGCAACAUGGACAAAACAGAACAUUGCCAAGAUGAAAGAGCAGAUGCAUGCCAUGUUGGCAGACUUUGACUGGGAAAGAGAGGUCAAUACGUGUUCGCCCGAGUACUACCGCUGGACGCAGAAAAUCUUUACGUUGCUUUUCGAGCACGGCCUUGCUUACCGCAUGGGAGCCGAAAUCAACUGGGAUCCUGUGGAUCAGACAGUUUUGGCCAAUGAGCAGGUUGACAGCGAGGGCAGAUCAUGGCGUUCGGGUGCCAUUGUCGAGAAAAAAGUUUUGGAGCAGUGGUUCAUUGGCAUCACAAAGUACGCGGAGCAGUUGCAGGACGACUUACAAAUCCUCGACCAGUGGCCCCACAAAGUCAAGGCUAUGCAGAAAAACUGGAUUGGAAAAAGUCCCGGUGCUGAUAUUGUGUUUCCAACAAGCUCCGGGGACAAAUUGACGGUGUUCACCUCGCGGCCUGACACUUUAUUCAGCGUGCAAUUCGUGGCCCUUGCACUCAACCAUCCUUUAGUGCAGAAGGCCGCCGAAAAGGACGAAAAAUUGGCCUCUUUCAUUGCUGCAAUGACUGAAAUUGAUGAUCCGGCCUCGAAAGAAGGCUACAAACUAGACAUUUCUGUGUCGAUCCCAAUAUCCGUGGAUGGCAAGAAGAGAGAAGUUUUCGAUGUGCCUGUUUAUGUGGCACCAUACGUUUUGGGCACUUAUGGCCAUGGUGCCGUUAUGGGCUGCCCUGCUCACGAUGAAAGAGAUGCUGAGUUUUGGAAGUUGCACAAUCCAGGAGUUCCUGCUCGUCAAACAAUUGGUGAUUUGGACACAGACAAAGCUUCAACCCAAACCUCUCUUUUCACACUGAAAGAGGGCAAAUUGUACGAUUCGCAGAUUCUUCCGAACGGUCUUGAAUCGUUGGGAGUAUUUUCAGGCUUGACCUGCAAAGACGCAGCCGAAAAAGUUGUUUCCAUUUUGGAAACCUACAAUAGCGGUCGCAAAACCAUUCAAUUCAAGAUUAGAGAUUGGUUGAUCAGCAGACAGAGAUACUGGGGUGCACCAAUACCUAUUAUUCAUUGCGACUCUUGUGGCCCAGUAGCUGUUCCAGAUAAAGAUUUGCCUGUUUUGCUUCCAUCCGUGGGAGGGGAGCAUUUUGGCAAAGGCAAUCCUUUGGCCUCCAUUGAAUCUUUUGUGAACACCACUUGUCCCUCUUGUGGCAGUCCUGCGAAAAGAGAAACCGAUACAAUGGACACCUUCAUUGAUUCUUCGUGGUAUUUCUUCAGAUACACGGAUCCGAAGAAUGAGAAUAAAAUCUUUGAUUUUGAGAAAGCAUCUAAACACAUGCCCGUGGACUUGUACUCUGGCGGAGUUGAGCAUGCUAUUUUACAUUUGAUGUACUCCAGAUUCAUCGCUAAAUUUCUUGCAGACGUUGGAUUGUGGGAUGGUAAAGAUCUUAAGAAUGAACCCAUCAAGAGAUUAGUUACACAAGGUAUGGUUCACGGCCUUACAUUCACUGAUCCUGAAACAGGUCGUUUCUUAAAACCUGAAGAGUUGGAUCUCAGCUCCGGAAACCCUCUUAUCAAAAAUACGAAUGUUACACCCAACGUCAGUUAUGAGAAAAUGUCAAAGUCGAAAUACAACGGUGUGGAUCCGGUGAGCUGUAUCUCAAAAUAUGGAGCAGAUGCUGUGAGAGCCCAUACUUUGUUUUCCGCCCCUGUUUCGGACGUUUUGAAUUGGAAUGAAGAGCAGUUACAGGGAACGGAAAGGUGGCUUAAAAAAGUUCUCAAGUUGAAGGACGAUGUUGUGGAAGUAUACAAGCGUGGCCAAGACUCGAGCAAACAAAAUGGCGAGGAGUUUUCCGACUUGGUUUUGAACGACAUGCAUUAUGAAUCUUUCAAACUCAACAAGAAUGAAUUGGCUUUGUACAACGAAAUUCUGUCUUACACCCAAAAAAUUAGCAAAUCAGUGGAAGAACUCUCCUUGAACACUGUGAUCUCCGAUUACAUGAAAAUAACAAACACACUUCAACGUGUGCUUAAAGAGAAACAGCAAAUUCAUCCUGAAGUUCUCAUGGACGCUUACAAAAAGCUCUUGGUCUUGAUGGCUCCUGUUACACCUUCAGUGGCAGAAGAAUGUUGGGAAGCACUUUGCAUUGGUCUCGGCCAAGAAUGGAAGUCGAUUUUUUUCCAAAAGCUUCCUGUUGGUAAACCGAUCGCAACUCUGCAAAUCACUUUCAAUGUGAUGGUCAACGGUAAGCGCAGAGGUUCGUUUGAGAGCGAUAAAAGUCUUUUGGAGGAGUCCGAGGAAGAAAUUUUGAAACGUGUUUAUGAGAACACUCCAGCCCAGAAAUUUGUUGACAAGGACGUCAAGAAGCUCAUUGCAAAGGAGGGCAUAAUCAGCAUUAUUACUUGUAAAUAG